AUGGCACUCUGGGCCGAUAUAACAGACCCCAAACGCCACUUUGAGUCCGAAGUACCAGCAAGGGCACUCAAGGAGCCGGUCUUACUUUAUGCUAUCUUCGCAUUCUCCUCGCGGCAUCUGAAUCGGCAAAAUGUAAAUGCUGCAACAGACGCACUUCAAUACCACAACCAGUGUGUGCAAUUAUUGAUCCCGGAGCUUUCCAAAUCGGAGAAUAGAAUCACCGAAGACACGCUUGCUGCAGUUGCUAUCCUGCGCCAACAUGAAGAAAUGGAUGGAGAGGACUACCAGUUUCAUCUUACGGGCACAACGCAUAUUCUGAAUACAUUAUCAAAUCUGGGGUCCUCGGGUGGUCUCGCGACCAUUACGAACCAACCUCAAAAAUUUUCAUAA